AUGCAGAUCGGCAUUGCUGAUUGUUCUGAAGAGAAGCCUCCAAGUGCUGGAGUUACCAUACUCGGAGCUGCUUAUGUACCAUUCGGGGAGACUCUUCGGGAACUGUCGAGAGCCUUCUCGCUCCGCCCCUAUCCCGUCACCGUGCUCGCAAUGAGUCAACCGAUUGGGUCCUACGAGAUAAUGGUGAACGAUGAUGGAAAAUUCGCAGUUUAUUUGAAGUUGUGCCCACAAGCGCCAAGAAGAGUAGAAGUCCAAUCAUUCACCCGCAAAUGGCUGCUGCCCGAAAACGUAGAUCUGGAGGACGGGCCGUGCCCAGCUGGACGACAAGGGCCAUUUGUCUGGGGAGGCGCCAACGAAAAGCGAGGGUCAUGA